CCGUUACCAUGACCAUAACAAACAAAAUUGGGAUCUACAUUUUCAGAUUAUUUUGAUAUAUAUUAGAUUAUCCACUUGAUCAUUCAAACCAUUAAUAAAUAUCAUUUAAAUAAUUUGACAUUUGUUAAAAGAUUGGAUUGACUAUUAGCCUCUAGUGGAAUUUAUGGCUAAUAAAGGUAUUGAAAUAAAGCCUGAAAAGGUGGAGUUUCAUAAUGCCAAGCCACACGUGCAUUAUGAUAUGACAAUUUGCAUUAAAAAUAUAGGAAGCAAUUCAAAACACAUAAAACUCAUUCCUCCCGAGACCAAAAACUUCUCUAUGAAAUCUACUAUAACUGAAACAACUAUUCCUGUUGGUCUUAAUCACAAAUUGCUUAUUGAGUAUUUUAAUGAAGAAGAUAUUGAUUGUAGUGAUAAGCUUGAAAUUCUAGUUGAUAAUGAAUCCAUUGAUGUAAUGCUAUUAUCAUUUUCUCCAAAGCCACGAUUAAAUUUAGUAUCAGAAGUUGAUUUUGGAAUUUUAGUUGCAGAUGGAAAGUCAGUGCAAAAACAAAUAAAUAUUUUAAAUGAAGGAAGCAAGUGUGGUUUCUUUAGAAUUGUUCAAGAUUUAAAAUCAAAUUUUCAUAUUUAUCCAUCGCAAGGAACUGUUUAUCCUGGCUACUCUAAAUCAAUCUCAAUUGAGUUGAUCUGUAAAAAUAUUGGUAUGGUUAAUGAAGAUGUAAUAGUGGAAUUAGAGUCUCAAACUAAUCAUCAUGUUCUUAUAAUAAAAGCAAAUAUUGUGCUUCGAUCACUACAAUUGUUAUCAUAUGAUAAUAAAAUUAUAGAUUGCUUGAGAUUUGGCUAUGUUUAUUAUGGAACAGAUGUAGUUCAAACACUAUGGUUGUAUAAUAACUCUCCUCAAGAAUCGAAGUUUGUUGCAGUUAUUGGUUCUUGUGAUGGUGAAGAAAUGGGUGUUGACAUAACAAAAAAAACUAUUUGUUCAUUUGUUGACGAUUUUGGCGAAAAUUGGCGUCAUGAAAAAUCUGCAUUUUUUUCUGUCUCACCUUGUGAAGGAAAACUCGAUCCUUUUCAAAAAACAAAACUGUAUUUCAAAUUUAGUCCAAAAUACAUGCAACCUUUGAAAGGGUGGAAAAGCAUAAUGAGGAUUCCGUCAAGAGAAGACUUUGCUAUGUUUAUAAGAAUUUCAAGUGUUGGUGUUCUUCAAAAUCCUAUGGAAAAUUUGAAUGUUGAAUUAGCAAUGACUGGAACAGCACUACCAGUGAGCUUAUCAAUUUUUCCAUCACAAUUUAUUAACUUUGAUAAGUGUUUUAUUGGGAAUACUUCAAAAGUUGUUAUCACAUUGAACAAUAACUCUCCGCAUCUCUCUGCAAAUUUUUCUAUAAAAUCAUCUGCACAUUUUAAUAUUGAACCUGCAUGUGGGGAAAUUGAUAUAAAUGGUACUCAAGAAAUGGUGUUUUCUUUUAUACCAAAACAAAUGGGGAAUCAAAGAAAAAAGUUUUUGUUAGACAUUAUUGGAUUUGAAUGUGAAAUUAAUGACUGUCAACAGAUUCUUUAUAAAAAGAUUGUUAAUAAAACAUAUUUGUUUUGUUGUACUGGGAUAGGAUUAUAUCAAAAGUUUCCAAAACCGCUUAAUACAACUAGUUUGGGUUCUAGUUUAAUUGAUGUUGUAAUCGAUGGAGAGCAUCAAUGUAGUAAAAAUUUGCAAAACACUUGUGAAAAAAGCCAUAAAAUAAAGAAAAAAAUUGUUACGGACAAAAAAGUAAACAAGAAUAACACUGGAGGUGCAGAAAAGGUUGUGAAUUAUACAAGUGUUUUUAACUCAAUGACAAAUAGGUCUGCAGCUCUUGAAUAUACAGAAGUUUUGACACCUAAGGAGCUGCAUAAUAUUAGAAUAGAACCUAUGAUUCUGAAUUUUGGAAAUAUUUGUCGACUAUCAUCCUCAACAAAAGAGAUUAUUAUUAAAAACAGCACUGAAAAGAUCAUUCUGAUUGAUAUUCAAUUGGAGUGCAAAGAGCUGCAUUUAAAUUCACCAUUGUCUCAACUUGUGCCACCAAACAACACAUCUAAAGUAGAACUUGUUUUGGAUUCUCAAAAACUAGGAUUAUAUGAAAAAAGUAUUGAUUAUAUUAUCAAUGGUCAUCAUAAAAGUCAUUUUUUAGUCCAAGCAAAUAUUGUGAAACUAAAAUUAAAACUAUCAACAGAUAAACUUCAUCUAACUUCUGUGAAUGGAGCGCUGGUUGAGUCAGGUCUUCGAAAACAUGUUACUCUUAUAAAUGAUCAAAAUAUAUCAGCAAAGUUUACAUGGUUUAUAGAAAGUACUUCUAAAGAAACGUUUUUUAAAAUUAUGCCAGCUAAAGGAACUGUUGAUGCGUUUUCUUCAAUGGAGUGUGAGGUUGUAUUUUAUCCUUCAUAUUCCGCAAGUUUUAAUGAAGAAUUUGUUUGUAAAGUUGAGAAUGGUAAUACGUUGCAUCUUAAAUGUUCUGCUGAGUUGGGUAUCACUUCUUGUUCAUUUGUUGAAAGUCGUCUUCUGUUUGGUAAUAUUCCAUUAAAUUUAACUACAACUCGGUCAGUUUUAUUAAAAAAUGAUGGGAAAAAUCAUGCUUAUUUUCAAGUUAUAAAUCCCAGUCCACUUGAGGGAAUCCUGAUUUAUCCAAGAGAGAAUGUGAUUCCAGUUGGAGGCUUUGUUAAACUUCAGAUUAGUUUUAAGCCAACUGUACCUCAAAAGUUUGAAACACUACUUGAGAUUGAUGUUUUAAGUGGAAAACAAAUAUCAUUACGAUUUAGUGGAGUGGUUGAUACACCCAAUGUUGAUAUAUCAGUGAAAUCAUUUAAUUUUAGUGGUGUCUAUGGAGGCUCCAUUUCAAAGUUACCAUUUGAAAUAAUUAAUUUGGCCAAAUCUAAUGCAAAGAUUAUUUUUGACUUAUCAGUGUUUAAAGACUUUAAAAUAACUGAUGCCCAAGAAAAUAUCAAAGAGAAUAAUAACAAUUUUGAAGUUUUGUUAAAAGGAGAAGAAAAAUUUAAUGCAUUUCUUGAAUUUCAUCCUGACCAGGUUGCUACGUAUGAUUUCAUAAUUCCUUGUAUAGUAAAUGAUUUAGACCCCAUGUCUAUAUAUUUCAGUUCACUAUAUCAUAAAAUCCUGAAGAGAGUACAAGGAAUUGCCUUAAGACAACCUCUUUCUAUAUCUGAAAAAAAGUUAGAAUUUUCUUUAUCAAGCAGUUAUUUUGAAGGAGACCUCAAUAAUAAAAAUGACUGCAUUCAGGUAAUUUGCUUAAAAAAUAUUAGCAAUGAAACAAUUAAGUGGUCACUAGAUAUCUCAAAUCAACCACUAGUAAAACAAAGCAUUUUUAUACUUGAUGUUGGUAAUUCAGUUAUGCAUCUUAAAAGUGGUGAAGAAUUUAAUUUAGCAAUAUUAUUUAAACCAACUUCAAAUUCAAUUUCUUUUUAUUCCACAAAAAUUCCCAUUUUACUGCAUGAAGAUUUAGUUCAGGUGUAUUCCUAUAUUGAAUUAAAUGGCAAAGUUUUAUUACCCAAAUUGGUUUUUCAACCUGAAUUUAUCCAUAUUCCUCCUGUACCUUUAUGUCAAAUUACUUCUGCAGAAGUUGAUGUUUUAGCAUACAACUAUACAAGGUUCUGUGAGUUAUCUAUUUACAUACCAAAAAUUGAGUUUAAUGGUGAAAACUUUGAAUCACUCUUAUCCGUUGAAUUACCAAAUGGUUCUCAAAUUAAAAAACUUCAUGAAAGUGAAACUCAAGUUAUUAAAAUUAUUGUUAAGUUUGUGUCAGCGAAACCAAUAUUUUUCUCCACACAAAUUACAUUAACGGACAGUAACAAUAGCUUUUCCCUACCUGUUACUGCUAGUGCUGAUAAUUGUCUUUUGACUUGUUCAAAUUUUUUAAUUAACAACCAGUGUGAUUUUCACAUUAUUUGUAAAGAAGGAAAAAAGUCAAAUAGUGGUACAUCAAGUUUAUUUGUACCAUGCCUUUCUGCAAUUGAAAGUGCAGUUGCCCCUUCUUUUUCCACUAGUAACACAAGUUUGUACACAACAACAUACCAAAAUUCUGAACCCAUGGGAUCAUCUCAGUUUUCUGAUCACUCAUAUUCUAAAAUAUCAGUUUCAAUUGAAAAAAAUUUUAAAACAAAUAAUGAAAUUGUUGAAAAAGAGUGUAACAUUGUUCAAAGAUGGUUUUCCUCUCAGUGCUGGAGCUUUGGAUCUUUUCCCAUAUAUUUGCCUUACACAUUACGUGAAAACUUUUCUGUAGAAGUAUUCAUAUGGAGAAUAACUAACAGUUCCCUUGAGGGAAAGGUUAGAUUCAUGAAUGUUUUUGAUUUGAUUGCUCAUUUAUAUGGCAAAUCUAUACCUGGUAUUACAGUAAAAAUGUUGCUAUCUUUAAAAAAAGAAGAAGACUUAGUAAAAUGCAUAGUAGAAAUGUAUUUGAAAAUGUUAACUUUUUUAAGCUAUCAAGGUGCAAUAUUUUCAUCAAUUAAACCAGAGUAUUUUCUUAAUUUCUCAGACUUCAAACGUUUUAAGCAACUUGAAAACUGCUAUGAAAGUGAGAAAUAUCACAAAUCAAGUGAUAGUUUUGAAUUACUCUCCAAAAAAAGUUGGACUUCACUACUUCUUCAAAUUUAUAAAAUUUAUGUGCUUUUUCGAAUAUCACCACAAAUUUGCAAGUCAAGUUUUCCUUUUGAUUACCCUACUUUACCGGGUUUCAACUCUGAUCCCAAUUGCAGUAAUAUAUACAGUUCAAGUGAAAGAGUUAUUUUAUCUUGGUUAAACCAUCAUUAUGAACAGCAAAGAAUAAAAUGUUGGAAAAUUGCCCCACCAUCAAGAUGGAUUGUGAAUUUUGAAAAUGAUUUAGUUGAUGGUUUAGUUCUGGCUUCUGUUAUUGCAGCAUAUGCUCCAUUUUUAGUAAAAACACAUAUUUACAAAAUGUAUGUUCAACCAUCUACAACAGAACAGCUUCAUCACAAUUGUUUGAAAAUUAUUGAAAUGCUGCAUAUUUUGGCUAUAGAUUAUGAUAUUGUUACUGAAGAUUUUAUUAAAUCAUCUCCAAUAAGCAUGCUCAUGUUAUGUGUUUACUUGAUUCAAAAUUUACCAUUGUAUCUUCCCAAGUCAACAAUUGAGUUUGAGACAUCACUGCAUAGUUUGGCAACAAAACAUAUUAAGAUUACAAAUCCAAGUGGUAAACCAUUAUUUUACCAAGCUCUUCUUUUUGGUGAUUAUUCAUCGCAGUUUCAGAUGCCAAAUGGAUUCAAAAUUCAGGUGCCACCCAAAGGUUUUAUUGAGCUACCGGUGGAAUAUGUAAGUAGAUUUGUACACACUUGUCAAUGUACACUUUUAUUAGUUGGUAUAAGAGGAGAAAUGGUAUUUGGCUCAACACUUGCAUUUUGUCUAAAAGGAACAGUCAACUCUUUGUCUGUAUCUAAUCAUUUCAAAUAUGUUUCGCCAUGUUAUGAACUUCUAAAAAUAACAGUUAAAGUGGAAUGUCCUUUUCCUUGUAAUGAGAUUUUCAAAGUAUUUUUAGUUGAAACUGGGCCAGUAGAACUAGGCUCAAAAAUAACAUGCAGACAAAAAAGGAUUUUAAAAAAGAGUUAUAAGAAACCUGAAUUAAAUCAGGGGAUUAAAAACCAAUACUUUGAGAGUAAACCAAUAAAUUUGGAAUCAAAAAAAAAACCUCUUCUCAGUGCAUUUUGGUGUGCAUCAAAAUCAAUUUAUAUAAAAACUGGUUUGGAUUCCAGUAUUGAGUUAGAGUUUCUUCCUUUUGAAAUAGGAACAAGGCACUGCUCUAUAUUGUUUUCAAAUGAAAAAGUUGGAGAUUUUUUAUAUUUAAUUGAAGCAGAAUCUAUAUUACCUCUGCCUUUAGGCGAUCCAUUUAUUAAUGGGCCUUUUCGAAUGACAAGUGCUAAAGCCAUGCAACAGAGUUCUGGGACACUAAAAGAAGAUAACCACACAAUUUAUUUACAUUGCAAUGCUGGUGAAGAAUGUGUUGCAGAGAUUAAUUUUGAUUAUUUAAAUUCAGGAAAGGAGAGAGCGCUGGUUGUUGCUGCACGUCAAAGAAUGUCAGACGAAGAACUUAGAAGGAGAGAUGUGACUGGAAUGACUUCAUAUCAAACAAUAUUGUCUAAGGUUUCUUUAUUACAGAUUAGCAGGGAAAAUUAUAUCCAACCUUUAGAUGUACUUAAUAUAAAUAACCUUCAAAAAGAAUUUAAAGUGGAAGUCUCUUCUCCAUUCUUUAGCGCACCUGAUAAAGUUGUAAUACCCAAUGAUUCAAAUACUUCAGGUUUAAGCUCUAUAAAGGUUCCAAUAACCUUAAAACCUUCGAUACCUGGCCAAUACCAUUGCAAAGUAAUUUUUUUUUCUGAGAGUGAUAUACGAGUAUAUGAAAUUGAGUGUACAGUUAAAGCCAAGAAUUCUUUUGUUGAAUUGGAAUUUGUUACACCAACUCAUGAAUGUGUUGUUCAAAACAUACCUUUUGUUAACCAUAGUGAUUUUGACUGGAAUAUGCGUUCAGAAAUUACUGGUGAAGGUUUUUUUGGACCAGAAUGUUUAGUUGUGUUAUCAAAAACAACAAGCUAUUAUCCAUUAUCUUUUAAGCCUAUAUAUGAAGGAACUAUAAAUGGAUGUCUUAAGCUAUGCAAUAUUAGUAAUGGUGUUGAGAAUACUUUUACACUUAAAGGUUUAGGCAGCCAACCACAUCCUGUUGAUGUUAUUAAUAUAGAAUGCAUUGUUAAUGAACCCACUCUUAAAGUAUUGGAGCUAAAAAAUAACUUACCAUUUAAGAUGGUAUUUCAAACAUUUUCUGACUUGAGUAUAAUUACAGGUCCAUUAUUUGUUCCUGUAUUAUCUAGGCAAACUGUUCAAGUGCCAAUAAGAGUUUUAGCACUGAAGCGUGGAUAUACAGAAGGUGUUAUUUGCUUUGUUUAUGAUGUUGGAAGUAAUACAAGUGUGGGAGUAAACAGAAUAAGAAAUGAGAGUGACGGUGAAGAAGAUUAUAAUUGCACAGCAUUUAUGUCAUCUUUAUCUGUUCAGUUAGCUUCUCUUACAUUAUUAGAAAAGAUUGCUCGUCCAUAUCGUAUAUGGUUUCAGCUAAAUAUAAAUGCAUUUCCUGGAAAAGCUGUAAAAACACUUUUUGCCUCAUCUUAUAUUUUUUCAAGCACUGAUAUAGAAAUAUUUUUAAAUAAUCCUCUGGACAAAGAUCUUAAUUUAAAUGUUGUUAUUAAUGGUGUUGGAUUAGACGGUAUUACUGAAUUUAUUUUACCUUCAUUAGAAUCUAUUACCUAUCAUGUAAAGUAUUCUCCUACUUCAAUUGGAAAACAAAAAGCUAGUGUCAUAUUUCAAAGUGAUUUAUGUUCUGAAUUUUGGUAUGAGUUAGAUCUUUUUGCAGAAGAAGCAUUACCUCAAAAGUUACCUUUGAUAAAGUGUUGUCUAGGGUGUUGUAAGGAGGCAAGCAUCCAUCUUGAAAAUCGUUAUGCUUAUUCUGUUUGUUAUAAUGUAUCAUGCAGUGAUUCAAAAAAUUUUUUAUUACGAGGAGUUGAUGAUAAACUAUGCUUGCCCCCAUCUUGUUCCAUUGAAGUGCAUUUCAUAUUUACACCAUCAUCUAUUGGCCAUCAUCAAGGCAUUGUAGUUUUUCAAAAUGAACUGAUAGGUAAUCAAACAUUUAUUUUGUCUGGUUUGGGCGAAGCUCCUGAACUCAAAUAUCAGUUUAUUCAUGCACGUUUUGGUGAGAGUGCAUCAACAAUUAUUCAGUUUCAUAAUUCAUUUGAAUGCAGUGUUUCUUUGGAAGUACAAUUACAAUCUGAAAAUUCUGACUUUAGUAUGCUUUCAAAACCUUAUACGGGUAUCUUAUGUUCUUCAAAAUCUGAUGUCUACAUACCAAUAUCUUACAGUGCACAAUCAAUGGAAUCAUCUCAAUGCACCUGCUACAUAAUUCCAGAACUAAUUUAUGAAGAAACUGAAGGAGAACAGUUUCAUGAUAAAAUGAAAUUUAAAUGGAGCUAUGUUGUUCAAGGCAUUCCGAUUAUUGAACCAAUUAAGGAUUCUUUAGCUCCAGCACUCACUUGUCGUGCAAGAGAAAAGUUAGAAAAAAAGAUAUUUAUUUUGCUUAUAAAAGAAAGCUUUAUCAGUUCAAGAGAUAAAACUUGUCAACAUUCUGUUUUUCCUGUUCGUAUAUUUGGAGAUCAUAUUGACUCUUUUAACAACGAAGCGCAAUUAUGUGAAGAUUUUGAUUUCAAACUUGAAUUUGAUAACAAAGAAAUUGAAGACCAAGUACAACGAUCGGUUUUAAUUACCUUAGAAAAAAAAUAUAUCGAUUGUGAUUAUGCAGCGCCGAAUCUUGUGUUUAAACUUGUAUUUUUCCCUUCAAAACCAUUUUGCUAUCUCGUUCACUUGGCUAUCACUUCACCAAAAGGUGGUGUUUGGAAAUACCCAUUUAAAUUUGUUUCAAAUGAAGCAGUUCCUGAUGAUGUUAUUAUGAUUCGAGCUGUUGGAUUAAACAAAACUGCACAUGUAUCAUUUAGGCUUAAUAGCCAGGCAGAAGUUGAGAGCGAGUUUACUGCUCAUAUAUCUACUGGAUCAGAUAAAAUGUUUGAAGUGACUCCGCAGGCUGGAAUUCUUGCGCCAAUAAACACUGAAGGAGUUCUCUUUACUCUAAGUUACAAACCACUUUACUAUGGAAAGGAGCACAAAACAAAACUUACUGUUCAGUCAAAAUUGAUGCAAUGGAUUUACGAAGUACGAGGAGUAACGCCUGAAUAUCAACCCCCUAAAGCUGAUGCUGCUAUAAUUAGUCAUAACAAAACACAGAAAAGCAAUAAAAAGAAAAAUUUUGUAAUAAAAAACUUGAAGGUUUUACCCACAAACUAAUCAAUGAACUUGUACUUUACUAAAAGGUCUAAAGAAAAUUUUUAUAUACUAUGAA